UUUAAAUUCUCGACUGCUGCUGCGUUGAAACAGUCGGAAGGGGCAAGAGAGAAAAAUACAGGAAAGGAGACCGCUAAAAGCCGACGUUAUUAUUUUACAAACAAUUACUGCGCUAACUUGUGACAUACUUGAAAAGAUAAAAUGUCGAAAAAGCAAAUUUAUUACUCUGACAAAUACACAGAUGAAGAAUAUGAGUACAGACACGUCAUGCUCCCAAAGCAGUUGUCCAAACUGGUACCCACCUCUCACCUGAUGUCGGAGGAGGAGUGGAGAGGGCUCGGGGUACAGCAGAGUCAGGGGUGGAUCCACUACAUGAUCCACAAGCCAGAACCGCAUAUACUGCUGUUCCGAAGGCCCCUCCCCAAGGAGUGAGAACUAAACUGAAGACUCAGGACAAACAAAAAAAAAAACAAAACGAAACAGUCUCAACAGAACUGCACUUGUGUACAGGCCAUGUGUGGUUGUGCGUGUUUGACUCAUGCAACGUUUGCUCAUUACUCCUAGUCCUCUUUAAAUCUUACCACGUUUCUAUUUAUAAUGAAUGCAUUAUAUAGAGGCAGCCUUGGGUCAAAACGAAAGAUGCACAAUGCACCCCUGCCCCCCCCCUUUUUCCCCAAGAAGGCUUAUAUGGCCCACAGUCUGGAAGUAAGAAACAACAAAAGUCUUUCAUUGGCCAUGCAAAAUACAAUUUUAUCUUAGAAAUGUAUAUUUUGGUGCAAAAUAUGAUGCUUGGAGUAAUUGUAGUAUUGAACGGACUUAUGUGAAAAUGUUCAAGACUCCAAAAACUCUUGGACCCUGUUUGAACAAUAAGACAUUUGGUCAUUUGGCUGCUAUGAAGAAUGUUUUGACUGGUGGAAAUUGCUGGUGUAUGUGUUAAUUAUUUUGUUUGCCAUUGCUGUUGUUACUAGGCCAGUGCAUAUAUACCUGAUAUUUCUGCUUAAAGACUGUACUGAAGUUCAUAUAUGGUAGAUGUUCAUAGUUCAGUGUUUGUUUCCAACGUUUUACAUGCUGUAAACGGAAUGCCUCGUUUUAGUCUUCUUUAGAUGAAGAUUAAAAAAAAAAAUCGCUAAAGCCGAUUUCCACGGAAUUUAAGUCACCAUGACAAUGUAUUAAAGUUUAUCAGCCAUCAUUACGUGCUUGAUGUACGCUUUCAAGUCACAUGAACGAAUGAUUAAAAUGAUGCAGCUAUGUACGGUCUCAAAAGGCAAAAUUCUGCCAUGUGCUCUUAUAUGUCCAAAAUGUGCUGUUCUGUUCCCAUGAAUUAGUCUGACAGUAGGUUUCCAGCUCAGCUGAGUGAAAUAUGUACUUACUACUAGAGUGCAUGCGUGUGUGAACAGGCAGGUAACAGAUCAAAUGGACAGGGACUGUCUGGCUUCUCCUGCUAAAUUAAAACUUGUACACCUCUGAAUCC